GCUCAAUAUAUUUCACUCAUUUUCAACUACUUGUUGGCAUGCUAUUAAUAAUGAGAAAAUAAUUAUCGAAAACUGGGGUUUCCUAUAAAUUAAAAUUGAAACAUAUUCCAUAUCUUUUGAAAGACCACUGGAGAAAUUCUACUGAGCAACUAAUCACAAUCAGAUCAAAAUACUAAGAAGCUACGAAUGGAACCAACCUUUUUAAUAUUUUUCUGUAUAAGCAAAAUUGAUUUUAUUAUCCCUAUGGCUCGAGGGCUGGUGGCUGUGGAUUGUGUGGAAUGUAUUAAUUGCUGGAGUGUAUCAUAUGAAGCAUGGAAUGCAGCCAUAUAGGAUUUUUCAUAAUUUUCUUCCCAAAAUCAAUAUUAAUGUUUUUAUUAUGAAAAUAGCCUCAUCAAAAUUGUUGUACGUCACCAAUACUAAUAAGCUUGAAGAACAAUUCUGAAAAUGUCCAGAAGCUUUCAUCAUCAUGUCGUAGAUAAUCAAAUGGAGCUGUUAACCUUUUGGAGCAAUAGGUAGGACUACGUUAUGCUCAAUCUAAAAUAGAAUUUAUAAGGACAAAAAAAUCAUACCUCCAAAAAUCGAUGUAUAUGUAACUAUAGAGUGAGGUGAGUAGUACAGUUUACUCUCAUGAAAUCUCAGACUCGGCAAGUAACUAUAUCUUGUAACCAUAAUUAUAACAAGUACGGUAACAAACUUGACUGCUGGUAACUUUGAAGCCCAUACUUUGAACACCUAGCUACCUAAACAGUAAUUGCCGAUUAUUUGUAGAAUAAUUAUAGCCUACAAUUUGUAGUUUGAAAUACAAUAACAUAGAUUCCUAUUCUAAUAAUUGUAACACACUGUACUAGUUAACUUAUUUGAGAAAAAAAUUAUUUAAAUGUUCUAGCAUCUUUUCAUGAUUUUUUCCAGGGACAUUUUUGUUUAGAGUUUUGAAGAUCACUUUGAUUGGAGGUCACAUGUCCAGCAUGAUACUUUCAACAGAGUGGUUUUCAAAACGUAAGAUUUCUUCAAGUUUGAGAUUUCAUAUUUCAAUUUUUGUAUAUUAUAAAGUUCCCAUUAUACACAUUAUGAAUAUACUUACCUAAAUUAUGUACUUAAUCAUUAAUGAAACUUUCUAAUUUUUCUAACUUUCCCAUAACAACACUUAUCAGCAUUUUUGGUAUGCCCACUACAUACAAGUUCGAAUGUAAUUACAUAAUCAUAUCACAGACACGAGUUUUUUUCUUGCUGAUAAAUAUUAAUGAUUAUAACUGCUUAUUAUUUCUGACAGGAGAUGCAGUUCAUGUAGAAAAUAUAUUAUAGAUGACGCAGAAAACUGGAGCUGAUAGGGAUAAAUACCGUAUUUGAAAAGGCCACUGUUGUUUUUCAUUCUUGUUGAUAUCUUGGACUAGUCUGUAUAAUAAAGUUUUGUACAAGGGAAUUCUUUCAUCAUGUUUCAGGUGGAGAAGUGUCUAUGUUUGAUUGUGAUCAUAGCAUCUACAGUUUAUAGCGAUGAAGAUUAUAAGGUGAGAUCAAUAAGUAAAACACAGUACAGUUUGGGACAUUCGCCUUACUGGGAUGUGAAGAGUCAAACAUUGUACUUUGUAGAUAUUUAUGCAGGAUCAGUGAUCAGCUACAAGCCAUCCACCAGGGAACGGUUCACAGCUAAAAUUGUGAAUGGACCAGCUCGUGCGACAGCUAGCUUGAUAAUACCAUACGAGGGAAUAGAUGAUAAAUUUGUUGUCGGUGUGAAUCGUAGUGUGGCGAAUAUAACAUGGGAUGGUAGAAGCAAUACCGCCAGCACACCAUCUGUCAUUGUUGAGAUCACUGACAACAAAACAAUGUACUCUCACACUGGCAAAGCUGAUCCGAAGGGCAGGCUAUGGAUUGGUACAUUUCCUCAACUCUUCACGAAUUCUUCUGGUAGUCUUGAUAUACCAUUAAACCAGGGAGCAGAGUAUAUGAUAUCUGCUACUGGCAAAGUGAUUGAAAAGAUUCCGAAUAUUACUGCUCCAGAGGGACAAGUUUGGAGCACCAACACCUUAUUCUACUUCGCUAAUUGUUUAGCAGGAAAAAUUCAAGUCUAUGAUUAUGAUAACGAGUCUGGAGAAAUAUCUAACAUGAGAGUGAUUUUCGAUGCACAAAAAGAGAGCAAAGGAAGGUCUCCAGCUGGUUUGGCAUUGGACACUGAGGGGAAGAUAUGGGUUUCUAUGAUCACUACUGAUUCCAAUUAUGGAACGGUGAUACGAAUUGAGCCCGAUUCUGGGAAAGUUCUUCGUACAUUGACUCUUCCAACACCGCAGUUGUCGAAUCUGGUAUUUGGUGGCGAAAAUCUGAAUGUGCUCUAUGUUACCAGUUCACAAUUGAACAAAAAAUAUUUAAAUAAUCUAAAUGAGAACGCUGGACGAACUUUCGCUGUAACCGGAUUAAUGAGCUCUGGAAAACCAGUUACUGGAUACCCUGGACAAAGAAUAGUCGCAAUUUAAUUUUAUACACUACCGGUACUGUGGUAUUAACAGUAGAUUUCCGAGAAGAUGAAUAAGAAACAAUACAAGAUUCUUCUUGUAAACAUUCCUAAUAAGUAAUUGACAAAUAAGUAAUUUAGGUAAUAAGAAUCAAGAAAAGAUUCUUCUUGUAAACAUUCCUAUUAAGUACCGUAAUUGACAAAUAAGUAAUUUAAGUAAUAAGAAACAAGAAAAGAUUCUUCUUGUAAACAUUCCUAAUAAGUAAUUGACAAGCAAUUGAAUAAGCAAUUUAAUCUAAUGGCCAAAACUACUGCUGAAGCUGUAAUAAUGGAGCCUACUCUCAAAAGUUGAAAAACCACUUUCUCAGAUUUCUCAAGAAUAAAUAAAUAAAUAAAAGCGUUGGAGUGAAGAUUAAAUUCAAUAAAGUUUGUGAGAUGGAAACUUGAUAGGGUUUUUGUAACUGCUGCUUGUAUGUACUGUACUAUGUACCUAUAAAUAUAAGUGAAGAAUUACAAUAAUAGCCUAAAUACCUCCGCUAUGCCAAUAAACAUUUCUAUUCAAUUUUUAGAAUA